AUGAGGGUUGAAAUAAUGAAUAUGAGAAAAAUUAGUUUGUUGGAUAAUUACAGAUAAAAACUGCAUGAAAAUUGGUUGAGAUAGUGUUUUCAUAUAAAGAUGAUAAAUGGCCUAGGUAUACCAAUUCUUACAAGCCGAUUAAGUCUUCCCCUUAUAUAUAUUAUAAGCAUACCAAAAAUUUAUUGUUACAUCCAAUCCUUGCGACAGACUAAUCAAUGGAUCUAUAAUAAUGAUAAUAAUUUUUUUGAUUAUAAAUUCUUGAUGAUAUAGUAAUUUGGAUAAUCUAAAUAAACCCUUCCUCAAAUAACUUAAAUCUUAAUAUUAGUGCAGGAAAUUAUCUCCUAAAGGGUGAAUCAAUUUAUUUAUAAUAUUAAUCAAGGCGAUUCAUUACUAAAUUAAAAUAAUUAUGAGGAAGCCAUUUAGUGCUUUGAUAAUGCUAUAAAAAUCAAUCCUAACAAUUGUUUAGCAUUCAAUAACAAAGGUAUAUGAUUUGAUUAUUUUAUUUUAGGCAAUGCAUUAUAUUAAUUGAAUCGUUUUGAAGAAGCUAUUAAGUGCCACGAUUAAGCUUUAACUAUCAAUCCUAAUAAUUGUUUAGCAUUCAAUAACAAAGGUAUUUGAAUUUUUUAUUUUUUUUAUUUUAGGCAAUGCAUUAUAUAAAUUGAAUCGUUUUGAGGAAGCGAUUAAGUGCGAUGAUAAUGCUUUAAAAAUCAAUCCCCAAGAUAAGGAGGCACAAACAAAAAGGCUUAGUGCUUUAGGUAUACUAAAGAAACAAUAAUGA